GCUUCACGUUCUAACAUUAGUUAUCUACUUUUCUAUUCUAGGCAUCUGCGGGAGGCUGAAAAAGGAGGCACCAUGUUAGCUUCUCCCUUUUUCUUCCUAUCCUAUGGCUCUCUGCUAUCCAACCACUCGUUCGCUUCCCCACAGUUCUUGGGGUUCGCCGCGGAGCUGGGAGCAAUGCAUGCGGAGUGAAUAGUUUUCGGGUGCUGGAGGAAGGAAGACAGGAAGAACGAAGAUCAAAGCCUUCCAAAAAGAAUUUUUCAUCGCAAAGGUCUCAAUAACUGCCGAAUUGGUGCAAAAAUUAAUUUAGCACGAGAGUGAAACUAAAUUUGGAAGACAAUGUCUAGCGUUGGUGUUCUUGUCUCUGAUCCAUGGCUCCAGAACCAGUUCACCCAAGUGCAGCUCCGAACGCUCCGAACAAAAUUCACUUCCGCAAAGAGAUCGGAUGCCGAGCAGGUAACUAUAAAAGAUUUGCCGCCGGUAAUGGAGAAGCUUAGGGGCAUUCAAGAGGUUCUGACUGAGGAGGAGAUCACAAAUUUUUUGAGCGAGUCUUACCCCGAUAUGGACCAGUCAAUCGAAUUUGAGCCAUUCCUUAGGGAGUACUUAAAUCUUCAAGCAAAGGGAGCCAGCAAAUCAGGAGGCAAAAAGAAAUUGAAGGGAUCAGUGUCAUUUUUGAAGGCGUCCACCACUACUCUCUUGCACGUCAUUAAUGAAUCUGAAAAAACUUCUUAUGUCAAUCAUAUCAAUAAAUUUCUCGGGGAGGACCCUUUCCUGAAGAAUUUCUUGCCAUUGAAUCCAGCAUCAAACGAUAUAUUUAAUCUUAUUGGGGAUGGUGUUCUACUUUGCAAGUUGAUCAAUGUUGCUGUUCCCGGCACAAUAGACGAGAGAGCAAUCAAUACAAAGAAGGAACCGAAUCCAUGGGAGAGGAAUGAGAACCACACUCUUUGUCUCAACUCUGCCAAGGCCAUUGGUUGUACUGUUGUUAACAUUGGGACACAGGAUCUGAUUGAAGCUAGACCUCAUCUAGUUCUUGGUUUGCUAUCCCAAAUCAUAAAGAUACAACUCUUAGCAGAUUUGAAUCUGAGGAAUACACCUCAGUUGUUGGAGUUGGUGGCUGGUGAUAACAGCAAGGAAGCAGAGGAGCUUGUCACCUUAGCACCAGACAAGAUGUUGCUCAAAUGGAUGAACUUUCAUAUCAAGAAAGCAGGGUACAAAAAAACUGUAACAAAUUUCUCUACUGAUGUUAAGGAUGGUGAAGCGUAUGCUUACCUUCUCAGCGCCCUUGCUCCCGAGCAUAGCUCAACGACCAUGAUAGAAACUACAGAUCCUAAAGAAAGGGCAAAGAAAGUACUUGAAACCGCCGAAAAGCUUGAUUGUACAAGAUAUGUAACAUCUAAAGAUAUUAAUGAGGGUUCAGCAAAUCUCAACUUGGCAUUUGUCGCACAAAUAUUCCAGCAAAGAAAUGGUCUAUCAUCGAACAAGGUGGCUCCUGUCGUCCAAGAUACCCCUGAUGAUGUUGAAGCAUCGAGGGAAGGGAGAGCAUUUCGCUUGUGGAUCAACAGUCUUGGAAUUGCAACUUACGUGAACAAUUUAUUUGAGGAUGUUAGGACUGGAUGGGUUCUUCUAGAAGUGCUUGACAAAAUUUCUCCAGGAUCAGUUAUCUGGAAACAAGCAUCGAAACCUCCAAUUAUCAUGCCGUUUAGGAAGGUUGAGAACUGCAAUCAGGUUAUCAGAAUUGGGAAGGAGUUAAAUUUUUCGCUUGUGAAUGUAGCAGGAAAUGACAUUGUUCAAGGAAACAAGAAGCUAACCCUUGCUUUCCUGUGGCAACUCAUGAGGACCAGCAUCCUACAGCUGCUAAAGAACUUGAGAUCCCACUCUAAAGACAAAGAAAUUACAGAUGCUGACAUUCUGAUCUGGGCGAAUAAUAAGGUCAAGGAAUCAGGAAAAACAUCUCACAUCGAAAACUUCAAGGAUAAGAGCUUAUCAGACGGGAUGUUCUUCCUGGAUCUUCUAAGCGCUGUGCAAAGUAGAGUUGUUGACUGGAAUAUGGUGAAGAAGGGGGAGGAUGAUGAUGAGAAGAAGAUGAAUGCAACAUACAUCAUAACUGUUGCUAGGAAACUUGGGUGCACCGUGUUCUGGUUGCCAGAGGACAUAAUGGAGGUAAAUCCCAAGAUGAUCCUCACUCUUACUGCAAGCAUCAUGUACUGGAGUCUGCAGAAGCAUGGACCUUACGAAGGCCCCGGGCCAGCAGGAUCCGCAGCGUCACAAGAAGCUCUCCCAGAAGAGGAGGAGGAGGAGGUGGUGGAGGUGGAGGAGGAGGAAGAAGAAGAAUUAGAAGCAGAAGCAGAGGCAGAGGCGGAAGCAGAAGCAGAGGCAGAGGCAGAUGCAGAAGCAGAAGCAGAGGCAGAAGCAGAAGCAGAAAAAGGAGGAGAAGAAAGCCUUGAAGAUGGUGCCUAAAAUAAGAUCCGACCUGACCACAUCAGGCAGGGGGUGGUUUCAGUACGGGAGGGAUAGCAAACGGCAGAGCAGGAAGUUAGUUUUGAUCUACUCUUUGCAUGCAAAUGCGCAGCGAUGAGCUUCUACUCUUAUACUUGUACUAGAUAAACAAAGGUCCUGCGCCGAUUAAAGCUUGUGUAAGAUACUCCAGUUUAUAUGCGUUUUCCGUCGUUC